AUGGCUAGUAAAUGCGUUCACAAGGGAUGUGGGAAGACUUUUGCGGAUCCCGAGGAAGCCUGCGUGUAUCAUCCAGGUCCACCAGUGUUCCACGAGGGUCAAAAGGGCUGGAAAUGCUGCAAACCCCGCGUCCUGACCUUUGAAGAAUUCCUCGCCAUUCCACCCUGCACCACGGGAAAACACUCCACCGUUGACGAUACACCUGCCCCAGAACCUGUACAGGCUACCGAGGAACCAGCUGCGCCUGCUCCCGCGACUGCGCCCGCGCCCGCACCAGUGCCUGUGGAGACGAAGCUACCAGAGCGCCCUGCCAACGCUCCCGAACAGCUAGUCGUCGAGGAGACUGACUCGGAUGAUCCUGAUGCAGUGAUCCCUGAGAAUGCGACAUGUCGCCGGAAGGGUUGCGGUGCUACAUAUACUCCCUCGGCCUCUCGUGAUGUGAAAUGUGUCCACCACCCCGGAGCGCCCGUUUUCCAUGAAGGUAGCAAGGGAUGGUCCUGCUGUAAGCGGCGGGUGCUGGAAUUUGAUCAAUUCUUGAAGAUCCCUGGCUGCACGGAGAAGGUCAGGCAUAUGUUUGUGGGCAAGGCAAAGCCGGCUGGCGAGGAGAAGGUCGAGUCUGUUCGAAACGAUUUCUACCAGACUGCCUCCUCCGUGAACGUCUCCCUCUACCUGAAGAAGAUCGACAAGGAACGCGCACGCGUUGACCUCGCCGAAAAGUCCAUCACCUUCGACCUUCCAACCUCUGACAAUAAGCGCUUCCAAGACACAUACAAUCUAUUCGCACCCAUUCACCCGGAGAAAUCGUCGUUCCGCGUACUGGGCACUAAGCUGGAGCUGGCAUUGGUCAAGGCUGAUGGCACUAGCUGGCCGGUUUUGCGCAGCGACGACAAGUGGUCUGGGGAGCGCAUUCAGAUUGGUAAUGCAGGCCGGGCGUGA